AUAAACCAACAACCACCCAGAGACCAUCUACAACAAAACCAGUGAACUGUCCAGAUGAACAGAAACUAUGUGCCGAUGGGAAAACGUGCAUUCCUCAAACUGACUUCUGUAAUGGAAUACAAAACUGUCCUGAUGGCUCAGAUGAGAAGCCGAGUGUCUGUGCAACAGUGUGUGAUGGACAGUUUCUCUUGCUUGGUUCAUCCGGAUCCUUCCACUCAAAAAACUUUUCAGAUGAUGGACUCGCAGCCUGCCGUUGGAUUAUUCGGGUCACUGAGGGAUUGGCUAUAAAACUGAUCUUUCAUACUUUCGAUACGGAACAAGAUCUUGAUUUUCUGACGCUAUAUGAAGGCAUCGGCUCCACAAAAACAUUAGCAUACUUUCUCUCAGGCACAUCUCCCGGAGACCUCUGGCUUUUAUCUCAUGAAGCAACUGCUGAAUUUAACUCUCAAACCGGGAACCGCCAAGGCUUCAACGCUACUUACAUGGCAGUCAACAUCAGUGAUUUUUCUAAUGAAGAGAAGAUAAACUGUUCCUUUGAAGAGGACUUCUGUCUCUGGAGGAAAGAACUUAAUGACGAUGGCGAGUGGGUACGGGCACAAGGCGAGACUCCUCCAUCAGACACUGGCCCAAGCUUUGAUCACACAACAGGCAACCAAUCAGGGUAUUACAUUGUGACCCCUCGGACUUCUGGAAAUUGGGAAAGAAAAUUCCGUCUCUACAGUCUUCCUCUGACUCCUACAAAGGAAUUGAUGUGUCUGCAGUUCUGGUAUCAUAUGUUUGGGGAGCAUGUUAGACGUCUGACGGUCACGAGUGAGGGAAGGUCAACCAUCACUGUCCUCUUCCAGAAAGAAGGGAACUAUGGGGACAACUGGAACUACGGCCAAGCCACACUAAACAUCUCUGCAGAUACUGUGGUGGUCUUUGAAGCUCAGAAGUCAUCAGGAAUUCUUAAUGAUAUUGCCCUGGAUGAUAUCAGCAUAGUGCCUGGUUCCUGCGAACAGAUUCCUCCUGACCCGACUCCGGUCCCCCCUCCAGUCAAUCCACCAGAGGAUUGUGGGGGACCCUUUGACCUGUAUGAACCAAACUCGACGUUCAGCUCUCCAAACUACCCAGAUGGUUACGGACAUAAUGCUUCAUGUAUGUGGACUUUACAUGCUAAGGAAGGGCAGAAUAUCCAAUUACAUUUUCAAGAUGUUGCUUUAGAGGCUAGUUAUGACGUCUUGGAAAUUCGAGAUGGAGUAGAGCCCUAUUCUGAUUUGCUAGGUGUCCUAACUGGGGAGCGCUCCUUUCCGGAUCUUUUUUCCACAACCUCUCAGAUGACUGUCAUGUUAUUCACUGAUGCAAAAACAAACAACAGAGGCUUUCUAGCCAACUUCAGCGCAGGCGUUAACCUUGGCCAACCUGAUCCUUGCCCUUCUGGACAGUUUCAGUGUGGUGCAGGAGCAUGUGUGUCCAAUGCCAGUGUGUGUGAUGGGGUAGAAGACUGCCCUAAUGGCACUGAUGAAGCUGAUUGUGUGCAUGUAAUAAAAGAUAACACCACUGGAACUGAACGACUGAAACUUCGAAUCCAGAAUAAUUUAUACACGGUGUGUGCUCAAGACUGGACCCCUCAGUUUUCAGACUUCUUCUGCCGCUAUUUGGGCUACAGGUCAGGGGUUGCCUUGUUCUCCAUCACUGUGGAAGGAGAUGGUCCAUUUACUACUGUAAAUGUGAACACUAAUGGCUCACUGGAACUGAAACCCAGUGACAAAUGUAUCAGUGAGAAGAUCGUUUCACUGCACUGCAACAAUCAACCAUGUGGUGUCCGUAAAGUACCUUCAAAAAGCAAGAUAAUUGAGGAAACGGAUGGAAAAAAAGAAGGCAGAGUGGUAGGAGGACAGGAUGCCCAGAGAGGAGCCUGGCCAUGGAUGGUGUCUCUGCAGUGGCUUGGUGGACAUGCAUGCGGAGCCACACUGAUUGACAGAGAGUGGUUGAUUACAGCAGCACACUGUGUCUAUGGGAGGAAUGUUCAGCUGUCGAACUGGGCGGCUGUUUUGGGCCUUCACGCUCAGUUUGAGACGAUUAACCCCAACAAGCAAGUCUUUUCAGUGGAUCAAGUUAUCAUGCACAAGCACUAUAACAAGAGGACAAAGGAAUCUGACUUUGCUCUAAUGCAUUUAAAGACACCUGUCAGCUACACAGAUUAUGUUCAGCCUAUCUGCCUACCAGAUCCCGGAGCACACUUUGAAGAAGGGAGAAAGUGUUUUAUUGCUGGUUGGGGAUUACUGUCUGAAAGCGGUUUAAAAGCUGAUGUGUUACAGCAGGCUGUUGUGCCUCUGUUGAGCAACACACAGUGUCAGGAAUGGCUGCCUGAAUACAACUUUACAGAGCGCAUGAUGUGUGCUGGGUAUGCUGAGGGUGGAGUCGACACUUGCCAGGGGGAUUCUGGCGGUCCGCUGAUGUGUGAAGAGGAAGGGCAUUGGGUUCUUGUGGGCGCAACGUCUUUUGGUAUCGGUUGUGGACGACCUCAGCGGCCUGGAGCAUAUGCUCGUGUCAGUCAGUUUGUUGACUGGGUAGCAGAGAACCGACGGCUGUAUUCAGAUUGGAAAGGGUCAUAAUUAAGUGUGCAGUGAUAUACAUUUUUUUUCUUGGUUUCCAUGGCCUUUUAGACACCCUAAAGAGUUUGUAACUUCAUUGUCACUGCUAAAAACGUGAGUGGUGGAGGAAAAUGCAUUUGUUCGUGACCCAAUAGGCUCCUUGAUGUAAAAACGACAUUGAAAAUGUCAUUAAUGUCAUCAAAAACACAUUAAAAAUGUAAAUCGAUUUAAUGUCAUUUGACUAUCUUAAUGUAAAAGGGUCAUUAAUACUAUAAAGUGCCAUUAAAUAAAAAAAUAAAAUAAAUUUGGGAUUUUUUACUUAACCACACAGUUAAAUUAUUUAGACUGUAAGAAAUUAUUGUUGGUCAGCUCCUGCACUUUUUAUAAAUAAUCUGCAAGCAGAAAAACAUUAAAAAACCUCAAAUUGUGUCAACCCUGUCAUGGACAAAUUCAAAGUAGUAUAAGUAUAUUUCAUUGCAGUGUGAUUAUAAAAAAUCCAUUACCUUUCGGAAUUGAAAAAGAAAAAAAAUGAAUUCACUGACAUUUCAUGAAAAAUAAUACAUUCUGAUUGAUUUUUGAUGUUUUUUGACAACAAUUUUAAAAGUUUAUUUAAUCAAGGUGGUUUACAAGCAUUUGGAAACACAAAAUUAUGUGUACGUUUGUAAUUGAAUCUUUCAGAUGAAUAAUUAUGUUAUAAUACUGUUUGUGUUGUUGUUGUUUUUUUGGCGGUCAAAAGGGUGUGGAUAUUAAAUGGACAUCAAGGUUUUGACAUAAAUAAUUUGCAUUUUUGACUUUUUUUUCCAUGUCAAUGUCAAUUUGAUGUUGUUUUGACAUUAAGGUGCCCGCUGGAAUUUGUCAGUAAUCAUUGCUAAAAUGUGAUAUUGCUAACUCAAUUGCUAACUCUUAUUUUGUAGAUACAAUGUUGAAGUUUACUAAAAGGAAUAUUAAUUUGCUAAGUAAAUAAAAGACUUUCUUGUAAUGGUUAAGAAGUUUGUUGUGUGUUGGAAUAAAAAAAAACGAAUUCC